AUGAGUAAUGAACAUCUAACCAUGCCAGAUAACGGAUUAUCAAACACUCUUGAAUUAUCUCAAAUGAAUUCAUUGAUCGAUGAUCAUAAACAAACUGUAUCGACAGUUAUUAAUGAAAAUAACCAUACAACACUUAAACGAGAUCAUUGGAGUAGUCGAAUUGUUUAUUUAUUAUCAAUUAUUGGAUUUGUUGUUGAUCUAGGUAAUGUUUGGAGAUUUCCCACAACAUGCUAUCGUAAUGGUGGUGGAGCGUUUCUUAUACCAUAUUUUACUUUUUUAUUUCUUGUUGGUCUACCAUGUAUGUACAUGGAAUUAGCUAUUGGUCAAUAUCAUCGGUUAGGUUACAUAACUGUUUGGAAUAAAGUUUGCCCAAUGUUGAAAGGUAUUGGCUAUUCAAUCACUGUACCAUGGACAUCGUGUAAUAAUACAUGGAAUACGCCUAAUUGUUAUUCAAUUUCUCAAUCUGAUUCUAUCUCAAUAAAUAAUCAGUCGUGUUCAUCAGCAAAUGAAUACUAUGAACGUCGAAUGUUACAAUCUCAAAAAUCAACGGGUAUUAAUGAUCUUGGUUCAUUGCGAUGGGGUCUUGUAGGAUGUUCGAUGAUUGUUUUUACUCUUAUUUAUGGAUCUAUUUAUAAAGGUGUUAAAACGGCGGGUAAAGCAAUUUGGUUCACUGCUUUGAUACCGUAUGUUGUAUUAAUCAUAUUAUUAUUCCGUUCAUUUACAUUAGAAGGUAUUAUGGACGGUUUAAAAUAUUAUAUAUCCCCAACAUUUGAUAAAUUAAAAGAAUAUUCUGUAUGGCAAGCUGCUGCUGUUCAGAUAUUCUUUAGUUUGGGUCCAGGUUUUGGUGUUCUAUUAGGUUAUGCAAGUUACAGUGAUUUUCAUGAUAAUGUCCCACGUACUGCUGUAGCAGCCAGUUUAAUUAAUUGUUUUACCAGUUUACUGUAUGGUAUAGUUGUCUUCUCGGGAAUUGGUUAUUUAUCUAAUAGACUUAAAACGGAUGUGAGAAAAUUUGCCGAAAGUCAAAUGGGACUGGUAUUUGUUGUUUAUCCUGAACUUCUGGCAUCGAUUAAAGGUGCACCAUUUUUUUCCGUACUAUUUUUCGUCAUGCUUAUUACAUUGGGUUUGGAUAGUGUAUUUGGCGGUGUGGAAUGUAUAUACACAGCCAUCUCUGAUGAAUUUUCUAUAUUUCGAUCGAAACCACGUCUAUCAAGAGCUGGUGUUGUACUGGUAUCAUUUAUUGCCUCUAUACCAACUUUGACACAUGGUGGAAAAAAUGUAGUACAUUUUAUGGAUUUUUUUGGUACAUCACCAGCUAUAAUGCUAGUUGUAUUAUUGGAACUAAUUGCCGUUUGUUGGUUAUACGGUAUUAAACAAUUUUCUCUCAAUGUGGAAGAAAUGACGGGGAAAAAGCCAAGUAUUUAUUGGCGAAUAACAUGUUGUUUUAUUGCUCCAAUGGUCCUAUGUGUACUAUACGUUUGUUCUUUUCUUCAAUUUAACACUCAAGAAUUUACAUCGUUCGGAGACAAAAAAACUGUUAUACGUUUAAGCAUAGAGAUUAAUUUUCCCGUGUUUCGUCUCGAUAUGAAAGAACAUAUAUGUUGGUCAUGGGUAUAUUGUGUUUCGCCUCAACUUUGUAACUUUAUUGUGUCUAUUUGUCUUGAAAAUGAACAUGAACGCUCGAAACGUCGACUGAAUAACAGUGUACGUAAAAUGAAUCGUAAAUGGAUUGACAAUACAAGAUUGUUUUAUGGGAAAGAAAUAAAGGUGUUGAACGAUUUGGAAAGACAUUUGAUCACAAUCGGUUUAUCGUUUAUGAAAAUGGUUCCGCUUCCUAGAGGUGGUCAAAAAGGUUGUAAAGGUCUCAUAAUCUGUGUUCCCUGCGAUGUACAAGAUACUGCAAACAUUUUACUUCGACCUCCGAGUAAAGCAGCUUUUAUUCAACUUAAACUGACAUGUCGUUUAAACUUUCGUGGUUACUAUAAAUAUCAAAUUAUUCAGCCUGAUACUAUUCGUUCUGCUUUACGUGCUUUACAAAAAAUAAAUGAAUUUUACAAAAACAUUAUGAUCGAAGAAAAAGACUACAACUAUUUUAACUGGGACAAGCCUCUUUUAGCUGAAGUGAUGAGAUCUUACCCUGUGACUCUAUGCUAA